AUGGAGACCCCAAGCAUGCCAACCACGUUGACGGACGAUGAGACCACGAUGGAGACCCCAAGCAUGCCAACCACGUUGACGGACGAUGAGACCACGAUGGAGACCCCAAGCAUGCCAACCACGUUGACGGACGAUGAGACCACGAUGGAGACCCCAAGCAUGCCAACCACGUUGACGGACGAUGAGACCACGAUGGAGACCCCAAGCAUGCCAACCACGUUGACGGACGAUGAGACCACGAUGGAGACCCCAAGCAUGCCAACCACGUUGACGGACGAUGAGACCACGAUGGAGACCCCAAGCAUGCCAACCACGUUGACGGACGAUGAGACCACGAUGGAGACCCCAAGCAUGCCAACCACGUUGACGGACGAUGAGACCACGAUGGAGACCCCAAGCAUGCCAACCACGUUGACGGACGAUGAGACCACGAUGGAGACCCCAAGCAUGCCAACCACGUUGACGGACGAUGAGACCACGAUGGAGACCCCAAGCAUGCCAACCACGUUGACGGACGAUGAGACCACGAUGGAGACCCCAAGCAUGCCAACCACGUUGACGGACGACGAGACCACGAUGGAGACCCCAAGCAUGCCAACCACGUUGACGGACGAUGAGACCACGAUGGAGACCCCAAGCAUGCCAACCACGUUGACGGACGAUGAGACCACGAUGGAGACCCCAAGCAUGCCAACCACGUUGACGGACGAUGAGACCACGAUGGAGACCCCAAGCAUGCCAACCACGUUGACGGACGACGAGACCACGAUGGAGACCCCAAGCAUGCCAACCACGUUGACGGACGACGAGACCACGAUGGAGACCCCAAGCAUGCCAACCACGUUGACGGACGACGAGACCACGAUGGAGACCCCAAGCAUGCCAACCACGUUGACGGACGACGAGACCACGAUGGAGACCCCAAGCAUGCCAACCACGUUGACGGACGACGAGACCACGAUGGAGACCCCAAGCAUGCCAACCACGUUGACGGACGACGAGACCACGAUGGAGACCCCAAGCAUGCCAACCACGUUGACGGACGACGAGACCACGAUGGAGACCCCAAGCAUGCCAACCACGUUGACGGACGACGAGACCACGAUGGAGACCCCAAGCAUGCCAACCACGUUGACGGACGACGAGACCACGAUGGAGACCCCAAGCACGCCAACCACGUUGACGGACGAUGAGACCACGAUGGAGACCCCAAGCAUGCCAACCACGUUGACGGACGAUGAGACCACGAUGGAGACCCCAAGCAUGCCAACCACGUUGACGGACGACGAGACCACGAUGGAGACCCCAAGCAUGCCAACCACGUUGACGGACGACGAGACCACGAUGGAGACCCCAAGCAUGCCAACCACGUUGACGGACGACGAGACCACGAUGGAGACCCCAAGCAUGCCAACCACGUUGACGGACGACGAGACCACGAUGGAGACCCCAAGCAUGCCAACCACGUUGACGGACGACGAGACCACGAUGGAGACCCCAAGCAUGCCAACCACGUUGACGGACGACGAGACCACGAUGGAGACCCCAAGCAUGCCAACCACGUUGACGGACGACGAGACCACGAUGGAGACCCCAAGCAUGCCAACCACGUUGACGGACGACGAGACCACGAUGGAGACCCCAAGCAUGCCAACCACGUUGACGGACGACGAGACCACGAUGGAGACCCCCAAGCAUGCCAACCACGUUGACGGACGACGAGACCACGAUGGAGACCCCAAGCAUGCCAACCACGUUGACGGACGACGAGACCACGAUGGAGACCCCAAGCACGCCAACCACGUUGACGGACGA